UCUAUUGACUUAAGUGAGUUUUCUCAGUUUUAGAAAACAAUAGUGUGUUAAAUUUUUAGAUUUUUUUAGAAGUCUUAUGCUCUCAAGCCUUCCAAGAUUUUGUGCGCCCAAAAGGCGUCUCUUGUGUUUUGUGCUUCUUGCUUGCGUAGGACGGAAGAUGCAUUAAUUGUAUGUUACUCUGUACUGUUGGGUAUUUUAUUUGUCUUUGCAUUUUCCCCAUUUAAACUAUACGGUCUUCAAGAUGAACAGGGAGGGCAGCGUCUGCGGUCCCCUCGGGGCCCCUGCACGCGGUCCCGCAGAGCUGACCUGUGCGAGUGAGGAUUUGUGUUCAUUUCCCAGGUGGGGAGCGGUAAGCGGGACAUGACCUUCACGUUUCAACCGGAGGACCUGAAACGGGAGGCGAGCAAAAAAAUGUCUCAUCAUCAGCCCUUGUUCCCCUUGGCCAUGGAGGAAGACAUGAAAACAGCAGACACCAGAACAGCCAACCGAGCCCUUGACCACGACAGAGAAAGCACCCGCUCCAUCUGUCUCCUUGAGCAAAAGCGAAAGGUCGUGUCCUCCAACAUCGAUGUCCCUCCCGUGAGGAAAUCCUCGGAGGAACUGGACAUGGACAAGGUGACAGCAGCCAUGGUACUCACCAGCCUGUCCACCAGCCCUUUGGUUCGGAGCCCUCCUGUGCGGCCUAAUGAGGGCCUGAGCGGGUCCUGGAAGGACGGCGGCGCCCCGUCCAGCAGCUGCAGCAGCGGCUACUGGAGCUGGAGCGCCCCCAGCGACCAGUCCAACCCGUCCACGCCGUCGCCGCCGCUGUCCGCCGACUGCGCCAAGCCCUUCCGCAGCCCGGCGCCCGACGACGGCAUCGACGAAGCCGAGGCUGGCAACCUGCUCUUCGACGAGCCCAUCCCCAGGAAAAGAAAGAACUCCAUGAAGGUGAUGUUUAAAUGCCUCUGGAAGAACUGUGGGAAGGUGCUGAGUACUGCGGCAGGGAUCCAGAAACACAUCCGGAACGUCCACCUCGGGCGUGUUGGGGACUCCGAUUACAGCGAUGGCGAAGAGGACUUCUACUACACGGAGAUCAAGCUCAACACAGACUCUGUGGCGGACGGACUGAGCAGCCUCGCCCCAGCUUCGCCCUCCCAGUCCCUCGCUUCACCUCCCACCUUCCCCAUCCCGGAUUCAAGCCGAACAGAAACCCCUUGUGCCAAAACCGAGACUAAACUGAUGACACCCUUGAGCCGCUCGGCCCCCACCACCCUCUACCUCGUGCACACUGACCACGCUUACCAGGCCACGCCCCCUGUGACCAUUCCAGGAUCGGCCAAGUUCACCCCCAAUGGCAGCAGCUUCAGCAUUUCCUGGCAAUCUCCUCCAGUUACCUUCACAGGCAUUCCAGUGUCGCCGACACAUCACCACCCCGUGGGCACCGGGGAGCAGCGGCAGCACGGUCACACGGGCUUGUCCUCGCCGCCCAGAGGGACGGUCAGCCUAAGGAAGCCUCGGGGAGAGGGCAAGAAGUGCCGGAAGGUGUACGGCAUGGAGAACCGAGACCUGUGGUGCACGGCCUGCCGCUGGAAGAAGGCCUGCCAGCGCUUCCUGGACUGAGGGCCGCCCCGGUCACGGCCACCGGCCCGGCCCCGGCCGCCCCGCCCCGCCGCAGCCUUCAGAAAGCACGCGUCCUUCCGAACAAAACACACCUGGAGCCCAGGAAAAGCACCUCCAGGAACGUUGGUGGAAUUACAGCAAAAAAGAAAACAAAGGUCACGCGGUCACUGGUGCGCCCAGAGUCCCGCCUGGAGCAGCGGCAGUGCAUUUUCCGGGCCUGCGGAAAGGGAAGCCGCCUUUCUCCGCUGUGUGUCUGGGUCUGAAAACUGUGCACAUCCGCAGCAGUGGAACCAACGAAGCCCGUUUUACCUAGAAAGGAGGCAUAUUUUGAUAAGCUUUCUGAAAAAUGCCAUUUCUGGGGAUUUUUUUUUUUGACACAAAAAAAGCUACAGGUGAUUCCGUAGCAUUUGUACAAAGAACAGUUCCCGCUUUCAUGUGAAUAAUCUUUUCCCGGUUCCGUUGGGCUUCUUGGGGCAGCUCUGGGUGUCUUUUCUGUGUCUUUCUGGUUUGUUUUGUUUUGUUUUGUUUUGGAGAAUGGCCCCCAAACGGUACAGCUAUGGGCCUGCGGGGCCCCGGAUGGCAGAACCUCGACAAGAGGUUGGCGAUGGAAUCCCCAGCAGACCAGCUCCGAGCUGAGCUCGGGACAUGCAGCUGUCACCACGGAAACACCUUGACGUCCUCCGGGGUCUGCAGAAGCCCUUCCCGGAGAAGCUCCUUCUCUACCUGCUCAACUCAGCCCAGAGCUGGCGCAAGGAGCCCUCCGGGUAAGCCUGGCGCCCCUUUCAGGGACAUGCUGCCAACGGCAGCUGGGGUCUGCGUGUCGCCGCUUGUCUGACAAAGUCACUGCCAGGUGUCUGGGUCGUCGGGCUUUCCCUCAAAACUCCACACUGUCUGGUCUGAGAAAAGAUCAGGAGCUCAAACUGUCCCCGUGGGUUUGCUUUAGCCUGCAGAGUGCAGCCUCCGCGCCCCCGUCUGUUCAGAAGGCCACGUGAGGGCCACACACCGGCCUCCGGUCUCAGUGCACUUCGGUCGGUUUGAGGCUUUCGCGUGUCUGGGAGAUGGGGCUCCUGAACAGUCUCAAUGUUUUAUGGGGUAAAAGGGAAGAUCCAAACCUUAUUUGUUUGGUAAAACUAGUGGAGCUGCUCGUUAAAGAUGGGCUUAGAAGGGAACGUGGAGAACACCAAAAGGAACGGGGCGUCGGCAUAGGACACUCGGCCUAGGAGGGCGGGCUUGCACUGCGCCCCCUGUGCCGGGCUUCCUGACCUGGCUGGUGGGUGGCUGGUGGUGGGUUUUGGUGGUGGUGGGGUGGGGAGAGGGGAGUCGUUCUCAAGCCCUAGAGAUCCCUGCCCUCCUCUCGACUCCCCUGCUGAAGAGUCGCUGCCCCUCUACCUAUGCAAAGAGGUACGAGCACCUUAUAGGAUGCACUGUGUGGGGCGGGAGCCUGGGAUCAGCCAUAGGAAUGUUAAAGGAAAUUGCACAGAGGAAAGUUUAAUAUAUGUCUAGAGAUUGUACAUACACCCUUUUUUAAAGAGUAGAAAGAAGUCAUCUAGGAAUAACAGAUGCUCUUUUUUAUAUAUAAGGAGGUUCUGCAGUGUAAUAUCCACAAUCUACAUUCUUAUAUUUUGGCAGUUUGAUUUUUUUAAACUCUCACAUGACUUUUUAAACAUUAUUCCCUGGAAGAGAUCCUUUUUUCCUCCUUCACUUAUUUUAUUUUUUCCUUAAAAACACUUAUUUCAAGAGAGCAGAGAAAGAGCUUCAUUUAAUUUCAGGUCACGAAGAUCCAUCAGCACUUGCCACAGCAUCAGCUAUAAUGCAUGUUUAGUGCUUACGAGGUCAGCCAAGAAAAGGGCGUUGUUUUAAAGUACAGAAGUGGCUUUGCACCCUCUGCCCUAGCGUGUCUUUUCCCCUUCCCGGUGGCCUGCUGCUCACCCGCUAGUGCCCUCCGCUGUGAGGCGGUGCCCUGGCCUAGCGCAGGGCCUCAGCUUGGGUGCAGUGCCCAGUGAGUCCAGGGCUGGUCAACCAUCUGAGCAGAUUCUCCACGUACUUAGGUGGUGGUUGGGGUGCAACCCUGGGGCAGAGCUUUUCCUCUUCAGCAAUGCUCCCUGGCUCUUAAUCCUUGGAUUAAGUCACUAGUCAACAAUGAUUAAAGUGAUGAGGGGCUACAUCCACUGCCUCCCCCACACACAGAGACCUUUGGGACACAAGGAGGGAGAGACUUCUGCUGUGAGCAGCCCUGCAACCAGGCUCCGUGGCUCUCCUGGAGACACAGGACGUGCAUGAGCCAAGCUCAGCCCUUACCUGGGUGUUAGCCGAUGCACAGGUGCAAGCAGAAGGUAGAGCCAAGGGCCCUUCCCCGGGAGUUCUCCACCUUUCUAACGCCUUCUUUACACACACCCUCCCACGCCUCCCGCCCACGCGGGGGCUCCUUACUGCCAGCCAGGCGUGCACACACCCUCAGCACCUCCCUGCACACGCAGGCACCCCUUCCUUGUACCCAGGCACAUGGUAACUAGGGGACCACCAAGCUUCGCCUGGCUGGCCUUGAAAAAAAGGAACUCAAUUUCUUGCAAGCCACCCAGAAAGCUAUGAAUUGCAAUACACAACACUGAUUGUAAAAGCUAAAUUUUAAAAAUGUAGAACUAUUUUGUUAUACUUUGGGGCUAAAUGAUUAAGCCCAACAUUCAUUUAUGUCAUCUCUGGGUGCCAGGUCCUCUUAUGCCCUCCCUUGGCGGAGGGAGGGCGGAGGUGGAUGGGAAGAGGUGUCCCACGGCGCCCUGGCUGCUGGGCCACAGCCCCGUCCAUCAUGGGGACCAGAGACCUGUCUGUG